AUGAUUGUAUCUAAAGAGGUGGGCAAUGGGAUAUCAGAGGCACGUGGUGGAAACAUACCAACGAUGGAUGCGGAGACAUAUUACAGCGAUUGUGGCUUUAAAAUUGUCACAUUAUUGGAAAAUGCUGGCCAUUGCGGUGUCAGAUGGCCCACGACCCUGCGUCAGAGAUUAUAUCAAAGACAAAAAUCUUGGAAAUUGUCUAAAGUGUGCGAAAUUAAAAUGCGAAAUUCGGGAUAUAAUCCCCUUUGA